CGAAGUGGCGCCGGCGAGGGGCGCGGAGAGGGCCGCCAAGGCAGCUUCCGCCGGGGCUUCUUCCUCGGGCGACCGGAAGCCAGUGGGAAAGUUGGCUUGUUCCAUUAUGUGUGCGUCAGUCAAAUAUAACACCCGGGGUCCAGCCCUCAUCCCGAGAAUGAAGACCAAACACCGCAUCUAUUAUAUUGCUCUCUUCUCCAUUGUGCUGCUGGGACUUAUUGCCACAGGCAUGUUUCAGUUCUGGCCACACUCCAUAGAGUCUUCAAAUGACUGGACAGUUGAAAAGCGGAGCGUUCAUGAUGUUCCUGUAGUCAAGAUUCCUGCAGACAGUGCCAUCCCUGAGCGUGGAGACCUCAGCUGCAGGAUGCACACGUGUUUUGAUGUUUACCGUUGUGGAUUCAACCCCAAAAAUAAGAUCAAGGUCUAUAUUUACUCUCUGAAGAAGUAUGUAGAUGAAUAUGGCAUGCCAGUCAGCCAUACAAUUUCCAGGGAAUACAAUGAACUAUUGACUGCUAUCUCUGACAGUGAUUUCUACACAGAUGAUGUCAACCGUGCCUGCCUCUUUGUACCAUCUAUUGAUGUGUUGAAUCAGAACACUCUCCGUAUCAAGGAAACAGCUCAGGCUUUGGCACAGCUCUCCCGCUGGGAUCGAGGGACAAAUCACCUCUUGUUCAACAUGUUGCCUGGAGGAGCACCUGACUACAAUACAGCACUAGAUGUUCCAAGGGACAGAGCUCUGUUGGCAGGAGGGGGCUUUUCUACGUGGACCUACCGGCAAGGAUAUGAUGUCAGUAUUCCCGUUUAUAGUCCACUGUCUGCAGAGGUGCAGUUGCCAAAUAAAGGACCGGGUCCCCGCAGGUAUUUCCUUCUCUCAUCUCAAAUGGCCCUUCAUCCUGAAUAUCGUACUGAAUUGGAAACUCUUCAAGCAGAGAAUGCAGAAUCUGUGCUGAUCCUAGACAAGUGUACAAACCUCUCAGAAGGAAUGCCAUUUAUUCGUAAACGUUGCCAUAAUAAUCAGAUCUUUGAUUAUCCUCAGGUGCUUCAGGAAGCCACAUUCUGUGUUGUUCUACGUGGGGCCCGCUUGGGACAAGCUGUGCUGAGUGAUGUUCUUCAGGCUGGUUGCAUCCCUGUUGUCACUGCUGAUUCUUACAUUCUACCUUUCUCUGAAGUUCUGGACUGGAAGAGGGCUUCUGUAGUGAUACCUGAAGAGAAGAUGUCUGAGAUGUACAGCAUCCUUCAUAGCAUACCCCAGCGACAGAUUGAGGAGAUGCAAAGACAGGCACGAUGGUUCUGGGAAGCAUAUUUUCAGUCAAUGAAAGCAAUUGCUAUGGCUACCCUCAAAAUUAUCAAUGACCGGAUUUAUCCCUAUGCUGCCACAUCAUAUGAAGAAUGGAAUGACCCCCCAAUAAUUAAAUGGAGCAGUGUGAGCAAUCCACUCUUCCUUCCCUUGAUCCCACCUCAGUCACAAGGCUUCACUGCUAUUGUCUUGACCUAUGAUCGGGUGGAGAGUCUCUUUCGCGUCAUCACUGAGGUCUCAAAGGUGCCAAGCCUCUCCAAGUUGUUAGUUGUAUGGAACAACCAGAAUAAAGUUCCACCAGAAGAAACUGUUUGGCCCAAAGUUCGAGUUCCACUGAAAGUUGUACGGACCACAGAAAACAAACUGAGUAACCGCUUCUUCCCCUAUGAUGAGAUUGAAACCGAAGCAGUAUUGGCAAUUGAUGAUGAUAUAAUCAUGCUGACCUCAGAUGAACUGCAGUUUGGUUAUGAGGUAUGGAGAGAGUUUCCUGACAGAUUAGUUGGCUAUCCUGGUCGCCUGCACUUGUGGGACCAUGAAACUAGUAAAUGGAAAUAUGAGUCAGAAUGGACCAAUGAAGUUUCAAUGGUGCUGACAGGAGCAGCAUUUUAUCAUAAGUAUUUUAACUACUUGUACACAUACAAAAUGCCAGGGGACAUCAAGAACUGGGUGGAUGCUCAUAUGAAUUGUGAAGACAUUGCCAUGAAUUUUCUAGUUGCCAAUGUCACUGGGAAAGCAGUCAUUAAGGUGACCCCCAGAAAGAAAUUCAAAUGUCCAGAAUGUACAGCCAUUGAUGGGCUAUCUCUAGACCAGACACACAUGGUAGAAAGGUCUGAAUGCAUUAACAAGUUUGCCUCUGUCUUUGGGACUAUGCCUUUGAAAGUGGUGGAGCACCGGGCUGAUCCCGUGUUGUACAAAGAUGACUUCCCUGAAAAACUGAAGAGCUUUCCUAACAUUGGAAGCUUGUGAAGAAUAGCUGUUAUCAAAAUUGGAUUGGACAACACUGAGCUCCAAUUCAGAAACAGGACCGAUGCUAAGGAAAGCAUCGCGUUAUAGAGAAAUGUGCCAGGAUGUGUUACCCAGAGAAGUCACAGAGAGAAAUCUCCAUUCCUGGUAUGACUCAAGCACUAGACUCUUCAAAACGUGGCAAAGUAGCAAUCUCUGUACAGUCUCAAAGCAACCACUGCUAUUUUCCACUUGGGUCUACUGAAAUGGCAGGCAGCUAUUUGUUCCAUGGAAAUUACAUUCAUGCAGAGACAGGCACACAAACACACACAAACUGUUCUUAAAUCCAACAGAAAGUAUUCCUUUUCUAAAAUCGCUGGUUAUCACUGAAAUCUUUUACAUUUUAAAACUGGGUAAAGAGUGCAUUGCUAACUUCUUUUCAGACUUCUCCCUGUUUUGCACAGAACUCAUCCACCUAUUCUGCACACAGUUGACUUACUUGCCUCCUUUGAGGGCCAAAAUUAUCAUUGACUUUACUACAGGUUUGCCAGCCUUUUUGUUCAAUGAGGUUUGAAAAGAAAGAUAUUGUAGCAUUUGUUGGAUUCAUGUUCUGAUUACAAAAAAUACAAUUUAUGGUAGUAUUAAGAUAUCAUUCCAGUAUUCCUUUUAUUGAAUACACUUGCUCAUUUCAUGUUUUCUAUCGUCAUAGAGAAGAGGGCCGCAGUGGAAGUUUCACACUUAGAUUAAUGUCUCAUUCCCAUUUCUUUACUGUAGUGAAAUCAUGUUCAGUUCAGAUAAAUAUGAUCAGUGCAUACAUGUAGCAUUUAAAGAAGUGGUGCUUAUACUUCAGAGUUCUUUUGUCAAAAAUGAUCUGCAGAUUCUGAAAGCUGUUUCGGGAAGGCGUUUCCAUCAUUCACUUGGAUUGGGUAUGUGUGCAAUACACUGACAGGUAAUAGAAAUAAACUAUUCUAAUCUUUUUAUCUUCUGAAUGUUACUGUGGUUUCCUGUUUAGAAUUAAGUGCCACAAGAUAACUAAAACCCAUUAAGUAAGUGAUUGAUGGUAAAGUAAACUUGAAAGCUUUGAAGAACAUGUGCUGGGGAUGAUGAGAGGGAAAAGCUUUUACAUUUCAAAAUCCACUGUACCAUCUCACCCUCUAAAAAGAGUUUAUUGUGAAUUGAGAAUAGCUCACUUAAAAUUAUUGAAGUGGCACAACACCAUAUGAGGUGGACGGAGACGCGCAAGAUUCUGAGCUAUCCAAACUUCUUCAUCAGAUGUAUAGACCUACACUUUUUUCCUUUGGCCAGGACAACCUUACACCAAAACUAUAAAUAAAAUAUAUUUAUUUCUUAAGA